CCGAGGGCAAGCACGGGAAUCUAAGUCUUGGGAGCAAACUUGUUGGCUGAGAGUCCGGCUGUCGUACCAUGAGGUUGGGACACUGAGGAGGCACCGCGGUCUGGGAAAGCUAAAGUUGGCGCUAGGCUGGUGAGGAGAGAUCAAGGAGCAAGAGUUCCGCUAGCACUGUGCUCAGCACUUGGGCAGCAGAAGAAGCAUUCGUUUCCUUUCUCUGUCCAGCGCCGUGGAUUGGAGUGGAGGAGUAAGAAAAGGAGCCAUUGACUGUCGAGGGUGCCAAGGUCUUCUGGAGGUGGAGCACUGCUGGACUUAGCCCACUGGGAAGGAGAAAUGGACUCUGGCCUCCUCUAACAGCCUUCUGCCCAUCUGCUGUCUCCUUUAAUCUGCGCAGCUUUUCUUGAAGGGAUGGAGGCGAUGGCAUCCAGUACUUCCCUACCCGACCCUGGUGACUUUGACCGCAAUGUGCCACGGAUCUGUGGCGUAUGUGGGGACCGAGCCACGGGCUUCCACUUCAACGCUAUGACCUGUGAAGGCUGCAAAGGCUUCUUCAGGCGGAGCAUGAAGCGGAAGGCAUUAUUCACUUGUCCCUUCAACGGAGAUUGUCGCAUCACCAAAGACAACAGGCGCCACUGCCAGGCCUGCAGGCUCAAACGCUGUGUGGAAAUCGGCAUGAUGAAGGAGUUCAUCCUGACAGAUGAAGAGGUGCAGCGCAAGCGGGAGAUGAUCCUGAAGCGGAAGGAAGAGGAGGCUUUGAAGGACAGCCUGAGGCCCAAGCUGUCUGAGGAGCAGCAGCACAUCAUCACCAUCCUGCUAGAGGCCCACCACAAGACCUAUGACCCCAGCUACACUGACUUCAGAGACUUCCGGCCUCCAGUCCGAGACAGUGAGAAGACCCAUUGUCCAUGGCGCACACCCAGCUUCUCCAGGAACUCCUCCUCCUCUGGCUCAGAUCUCUACGCCUCCUCUCUAGACAUGAUGGAACCUUCCAACUUCUCCAACCUGGACUUGAAUGAAGAAGAAGAAGAAGACGUGGAUGACUCUUCUGUGACAGUGGACCUGUCCCAGCUCUCCAUGCUGCCCCACUUGGCUGACCUGGUCAGUUACAGCAUCCAAAAGGUCAUCGGCUUUGCCAAAAUGAUACCAGGAUUCAGAGAUCUCACCUCUGAGGACCAGAUUGUGCUGCUUAAAUCAAGUGCCAUUGAGGUCAUUAUGCUGCGCUCCAAUGAGUCCUUCACCAUGGAUGACAUGGCUUGGAACUGUGGCGCCCAAGACUACAAAUACAACGUCAGUGAUGUGGUCAGAGCUGGACACACCCUGGAGCUGAUUGAGCCUCUCAUCAAGUUCCAGAUUGGGCUGAAGAAGCUGAACUUGCAUGAAGAGGAACACGUCCUGCUCAUGGCUAUCUGCAUUGUCUCCCCAGACCGACCUGGAGUGCAGGAUGCCAAGCUGGUCGAGGCCAUCCAGGACCGCCUGUCCAACACACUUCAGACCUAUAUCCGCUGUCGCCACCCACCCCCAGGCAACCACCAGCUCUACGCCAAGAUGAUCCAGAAGCUGGCUGACCUGCGCAGCCUCAAUGAGGAGCACUCCAAACAAUACCGCAGCCUCUCCUUCCAGCCAGAGAACAGCAUGAAGCUCACACCCCUCGUGCUCGAGGUGUUUGGCAGUGAGAUCUCCUAACUAGCUCAGUGCAGUGGCACCUGGGCGAGGCUACUCCUCCAGGGCCUGGUGCCCAGGUCUGGGGCUGAUGGUGGCCCAGCAGCUCCUCCCAUCCCUCCUGGAGCUCAGCUCUUCCUCUGCCAUCUCCCUUCUCCACCUGGCCUAAUACCAGGUCCCCCUUUCCUGCGAGCCACAGGCUGCCCUCAGUCCCUUGAGGUGUCAGUCAUGAGAGAAAGAAACUCAAGUAGGAGCAGAGGGCAGUGGCUGGAGGUAAGAUUUUUCCCAGGGAUGCCCCUGCACUCCUGGCAAGGCUGCUGCUGGUGCUCAGGGAAAGCAGGCAGGAGAAAGGCACCAUUCCUCAGGGACAGGGUUGCUCACACUUCCCUCAUACUAGGUCCACAUGUCCAGAGCCCAGAGGGCAUUCCCUUCCCCUUCCCACCCAGGAUCCAAACCAGCCCACUCCUCUCAUCUUAUCCUGCAACCAAUCCAUGCUGUUCUGUCCCAGGCAAGUGAGCACCACGGGGCCUCCUCCCACUCCUGGUUGGCCUGGGACACUCAAAGGAUGACCAAAUCUAAAAUAGCUAAGGUCAUGACUCCCUACACCUACCCUGCAGUCCCCACCUUCAUCCCUUUGUCAUGAUAACUCUUUCACUGGUGGGCAGCAGCUCUGGUAUGGUGGGCAUCCUUUACAUCACUCGAGCUACUGGCUGGGAACCCAUCUUCUGAGAAGCCCCAAGAAGGUAGAUCACAGGGCCUGGGCAGUGGAGAACAGACAAAGCCAGCUUCCCCAAAGGGCUGUGGAUAGUGGCCCCAAGCUAUACAUUUCACAAAGCCCAGGGACUGAAUCUAGGGAGGUGGUCAAAGGGUUGUGGUCUCUCCAGCUUCCAUAUAGCAGCCCAUAUGAAUUAUCAUCAGGUUUCAGAGAGUCCUUGUCACUCUCUCAUUCCUCACUCUGCCAGCACCUUACCUCUCACCAAGGACAGUAGGCCUUCCUACUUUGCCCCAGAAGGGGACUUCAUUCUCCCCUCACCAACAGUGCCCCAGAAGUCGGCCCAUCCUGGACCAGCAGACCCCGUCUGUGACUCACCAAUGGGUAGCAGCCACAUCUCCACCUGGUGGGAUGAUGUGAAGGAGCAGGGCUCUAGCUGCCCGGCUAUAAUCAUAAUACUGCUAUGCAGAUGUGGAAGCAGGCACCAGCACUUGCUUCAGGGUGUAUGUACAGGAGGGCUGGCCAGAGCACGUGGUGGUGGAGUGUUGCGGGGCUGGUUCCCUUCCUGUUCUCACCCCAUCACCUAUAAGUGAAAUGCAACCUAUGAGCAAGGCAGGUGGGGUGCAUCACUCAGACAUUAUUUCUCCUUUCUAGCUAGUCCAGCCCAGGAGACAGGAGCCUUCGGGCCACCUCUCCCAGGGUGAAUUCCUUGCCAUAGGUAUAUGGGACCAGCACAGAGGGACUUCAUCCCCAGGGACUCAGAGAGGGACCUUGAGAUGACCUUGCUGAACCCCCGAAGAUGUCCUUCCAUUGACACCUGUUUUUCCCUGAAAACCCCAAAAGGCAUCAGAUUCAAAAAUCCCAAAGCGGGGCUGGGGAUUUAGCUCAGCAGCAUAAGCACCUGCCUUGCAAGCAGGCGGUUGUGAGUUCAAUCCCCGGUACCGAUAAAAAUGAAAAAGAAAAAAGAAAAAAAAAAUGCCAAAGCUGUCGGUGUGCACCCAGCCCUGCCAGCAUUUCUCAGGAUUCUUCAGAUGAAAAAAAUGUUAGGGCCACAUUGUGGUGUAGAAUAGUGCACAUAUGGCUUCAUAGUAAACGUGUUAGAUAUGAGCUGUUUCAGAAUCAGACUCCGUUUGUACUAUCCUCAGAUAUCAAGAGUAGCAGGCACCACUGAUUUAGACCUGUUUAUGGGGGGUUACAUCGUGAAAAUGCUAUAUAUUAAUGAUUAUUACUGUUUUGAUUGUUAUACAAGGGAAACACCUUCGAUUUUAGCUGCACAACACCUUGAUCUAGCUUACUGUUCCAUGGAAAGUAGAGCUUGAAAAUUGCUGAACUAGUCCAGUGUCCUUGUAAAAGGAAACUGACCUUUAAGAGAAGAGCAUGAUUUAGCCAAACGAUGACAUCUAACUAGUUAGAAGUCAAGGCGGGACUCCAAGAAAUUGGAGUCAGGGUCCAGUGCCCUUUUUCACUAGACCACCCUAUUUUCCAUGCCCUGGGCAGCUGACUCAGUCCCCUGGGGAAGGCCUGGAUUUUGCAGCAUGUCUAGAUCUGGGACGCCUUCCUCCUUUCCCUGGGAUGCAGCUCCAUGGAGUCCUCAGGAGGGGCUCUCUGCCUCUGCCUCAGUGUGAAUCUGAUACCUGCCCCUCCACGUAGCUCUGGCCUUUGGGCUCCGCCUUAGCCCUGUAUGUUCUUGUUGCGUUGUUAAUAAAGCGCAUUGGUCUUUGUAAUGUGUCUACCUUCCCAGAUCUCCCCCUGGCCCUGCCCUCCCCAGGGAACUCCACUGGACCCCUGAGAACAUCAGGGACUCAGUCCAAGGACCCAUAACCACCAGGCCACUUCCAAAGAAAAAGUCUGGGAGCUGAGAAAAAAAAACAAAGGGAUGAGGAACAUUUGCGGGGGGUGGGGGGGCAGCCUCUGAACUGGAAGAAAAUGGUAUCAUCUAGUCUAUUUUAGACUAAGAGCAUGAAGGUAGGCAUUGAUAAAUUUACAAUUUUACAAAUGCAUACUGCAAAUGAAGGAAAGUGUCCACCAAGAUGGGAAAUCAACAAAAAUUCCCAGACAGGGAAGCCUUCAAGCUGGAGAGCAGCAGGAGCAGGAGGUGAGGACAGCAGAAAAAGUCAAGAUGUGCAACAAAUGUGGUGAGCACUGGACAUCAAGCAGCAGCGGAAGGCCCCCUGAGUGAUUUCCAGAGUAAAAGAGUGUUUUCCAGCAGUUUAUCAAGUAAACCAAUAAAAAAAUUUUCACUUAUGGUAAUAAAAAUGGCUUAUAUAGCACUUACUUCGUGCAAGUACUGCUGUAAAUAAAUGCUUCGUGAAAACCAA